AGCGCUGAGGAGAAGUCAGACCGCAGGGGCCUCUACCUGCCGAGAGAAUGCGCUGGCAACGUGGGUGGGAGGCAGCGUCCCCUUCUGGCACCACAGAGUUGACAGUAAAGUAAGAAAAGCUCUCCUAGCGGCCAGACUUGGACGCCGUCCUCCCGCAUGGCGGCCUGCAGCUUUCCCAUGCUCGCCGCGAGACGAAGCUCUGGCCGCCUGCGGUCGGGACCCGCUUCUGCGGCAGCCAUUCAGACGGGUCGCGGUUCCCGCGCUCUGUGGGCAGAAACGCCGACCCCGACCCCGACGUGUGUGUCGUCAGCCGCUUCCAACCACUCGCCACUGCCUCCGAAGCCCGGCCGUGCCCCGCGGCGCGGAUUGGCACCACUGAUUACAUCACUUCCCUUCCUCACCUCUUCCUCUUCUCCAACUUGUUGCUGUAGAGGCUACGUGAGUUCAUUGUCCCUGGAAAUGGAGCAGACAGAAGAGAAAGCAGUGACUGUGUGAGGUGUGGUGAAAUCUUGUUUGAAAACCCUGAUCAGAAUGUCAAAUGUGUUUGCAUGCUAGGAGAUGUACGACUAAGGGGUCAGACGGGGGUUCCUGCUGAACGCCGCGGCUCCUACCCAUUCAUUGACUUCCGCCUACUUAACAAUACAACACACUCAGGGGAAAUUGGCACCAAGAAAAAGGUGAAAAGACUGUUAAGCUUUCAAAGAUACUUCCAUGCAUCAAGGCUGCUUCGUGGAAUUAUACCACAAGCCCCUCUCCACCUGCUGGAUGAAGACUACCUUGGACAAGCAAGGCAUAUGCUCUCCAAAGUGGGAAUGUGGGAUUUUGACAUUUUCUUAUUUGAUCGCUUGACAAAUGGAAACAGCCUGGUAACACUGCUCUGCCACCUCUUCAACACCCAUGGACUCAUUCACCAUUUCAAGUUAGAUAUGGUGACGUUGCACAGGUUUUUAGUCAUGGUUCAAGAAGAUUACCACAGCCAAAACCCAUAUCACAAUGCUGUUCAUGCAGCCGAUGUCACCCAGGCCAUGAACUGCUACCUGAAGGAACCCAAGCUCGCCAGCUUCCUCACACCCCUGGACAUCAUGCUUGGACUGCUGGCUGCAGCAGCACACGAUGUUGACCACCCAGGAGUGAACCAGCCAUUUUUGAUCAAAACUAACCACCAUCUCGCCAAUCUAUACCAGAAUAUGUCUGUGCUGGAGAAUCACCACUGGCGAUCUACAAUAGGCAUGCUUCGAGAAUCAAGGCUUCUUGCUCACUUGCCAAAGGAAAUGACACAGGAUAUUGAACAGCAGCUGGGCUCCUUGAUCUUGGCAACAGACAUCAAUAGGCAGAAUGAAUUUUUGACCAGGUUGAAAGCUCACCUCCACAAUGAAGAUUUAAGACUGGAGGAUGUACACGACAGGCACUUUAUGCUUCAGAUCGCCUUGAAGUGUGCUGACAUUUGCAAUCCUUGUAGAAUUUGGGAGAUGAGCAAGCAAUGGAGUGAAAGGGUCUGUGAAGAAUUCUACAGGCAAGGUGACCUUGAACAGAAAUUUGAACUGGAAAUCAGUCCACUAUGUAAUCAACAGAAAGAUUCAAUUCCUAGUAUACAAAUUGGUUUCAUGACCUACAUCGUGGAGCCGCUUUUCCGGGAAUGGGCCCGUUUCACUGGAAACAGCACCCUGUCGGAGAACAUGCUAAGCCACCUCUCACACAACAAAGCCCAGUGGAAGAGUCUGUUGCCCACGCAGCACAGAAGCAGCAGUGGUGGCGGGGGCAGCCCCGACCAUGCAGGCCAAGGGACCGAGAAUGAGGAGCAGACUGUGACCAAAGGCAACGCCCCGUAGUCCCAGCCAGCCUGCCCCUGCUCUGCACACGGAGAAGGAGAACCUCCUUGAGCAGAGGCCUCCUGACAGGGUGAAAGCUCUGAGGGGGUUCCUGCCAAUAAGCCCAGCCACCUCGUGGCUGCCGUCCUGGGGCUCUUUGGAAUGCUACCCUCCUCUAUUUUCCUGCCUCCUCUCCUCUUUUCGAGUGUACAGAAGCCAUCCGUCAUCUCAGCACUAGCUGCCGAAAUAAAGCAACUCCAUUUAGGAACGUGGGAGCUGAUGAGGGGCAGGCCUGCCCCUCCAGGAGAAGACUGGGGAGUCAGAAAGAGGUGCUUCUGCCAUGUUCCCCUCGGGCCCUGGGUCCCACUGUGACAGGUGACCGUCGCUAAGGCCAGAGCAUUUUAGUGUUAGCCAUCUGACUGCUGAUCUGCAUGACAAAAACACCAGCAUCUUUGGAGCUCCAAGGAGAUGGGUCUUGAGUGCGAGCGCACAAACCAGAGCGUGAGAGAAAGUACCUUCUAUUUUAAUAAUAAUUCUUAUGAUAAAAAUAAUAAUAAAUCUUUUUAACUUUUCUAUUUGAUGCACUAGACAAUGGAUCUAAAACUUUGGACUAAAAGAUUACUCAGUGUACCCAAACUUGAACAGGGGGUUCAUAGUUUUUUGUUACUGACUUUAUGCCACUUUGGGUCAGAGCUUCGGCAUCUCCUCCAUGUAAGAAACCACGUUUCCCAUCCCUUCCGAGGUGAAGGUGCUUACAGUUCGUUCCUUUGCACCAUUAGCCAAUCUGUCUUUUAUCAAUAACUCAGAUUCAGUGACACGUUUAUAUGCACACAUGUACAUUUUCUGUAAAUACCAAGCGCUACUGAUUCCCAUGCCAAAAUACAUGAGUAUUAUGGGAUUGCUACCUGUAUAAACAAUGGCACUGUGAACAGAAUACUGUUAGUUUUAAUACAAGAGAAUGCGUGUGUAAAUAGGAUAUAGAGUUUAUUAAUAUACGAUUGUUUGCAGAUAAAGGCCUUAACUUUAAACGUCUUUCAUCUUCUGAAAGCUGCCCAACGUAAAUCCUCACAGAUAUCCCUCCGAACUGCCUUCCCAUGUCCCUCUUUCUGCUUUCCGGCUAAGGUCACAAACCAAAACUGAAUAAAGUCUUUGAGGAAAUAUUUUGGAAACUUCACAUGCAUUCCGCUUGAGACCAUAGUGUUUAAUCUAUGGCACCAGGCACCGUUUCCUCAGCUUAAUGAGACGUUUCAACAAGCCUGAAGUCACUUUUCAACACAGCGAUGUUGCACACUCUGUUUUAACAAGCCAGCUGAUUAGCUUGCGUUUAUGCGACUCUUGUCUUGGACCAUGGCGGUGUGUCAGCCUUGCAGGAGACAUGGCAGGUCUCGCAAACCUUCUAUGACCCUGUCACCUAAUCAUCAGGGAACUUCCUGCUCUCCCACCACACUCUUGUCUGUCAUGGCUAAAGUACCAAAGCACCUUUGGUUUAUGGUUGGCGUGCAUUUCUUUGGUGUUAAUAGUAACUGGAUUUUUCUUUUUCCUUAAUUUCAUGUGAGCAACUACCUAACCGUUUAGCUGAAGUUAACAUUAUCUAAGUAAAGAAAACGAUUUCGGUUUUCUGACCGAAUUUCUCUUUCCGGCAGGUCAUUGUGGUUAAUUGCAGUUCUAGCGAACGGAGUCACCUUGGCAUUUUGUUAGCAGUUUUUCUCCAGACACUUGGCCAGAAAACCAGUUUGCUACAGCAUCCUCCUCUAGUGGCUAAACUCUGUGCAUUCAACCUUUUCCUUAGAAGUUCGAGCAUAACUAACGUUAGAUGAAAAUUGGCAUGUCCGUUUCUUCUUACCUUAAAUCAUGUUGAAGUGGGAGGACAGUAUUACGAUCAUUUCUGCCACUAUCAAGCUGUUUGGCAAACUACAAAAUGACAGCUCUCAUUUCCUACGUGCAACUGUCGUGGGGGUUUUUUUCCUCCUAACAUACCCAUGAAAUGUUAGAAACUUGACUGGUUUGUAAUACGUUUCUGUAGCGAGACUGAAGUGUGCAGAGUUAAGGUUUAAGGGAAAUUUUGGAGAGUUGGUUAUAUUUUCAUUAAAGUAAGAGAGAUUGUCAGAUGGUACUAAAGAAAGUGUGAAAACCUCAUGAAAUGGGUGGGUGAUAAGUUGAAAUUGUUGAUAUGGGUAAGAGAGAAGUUGUGAAAUCUUAACACCAACUUUUUUUUUCUUUCCAUAAUAACUAUGAACUGACACAUGAUUCUUUGUUGCUUUAAUCCUCUGAAGCUCUCAGCUUGGUGAGGCCCCAAAAGAGAAAAUGUUGAAUGUAUUCCUGCUUCCAAAUCUCUCUUACUUUGGUUUGAUGGUGCAGAGAGGGCUUCUGAGUGGUCUGUGUUUAACGUUCAGGAGAUCAAGUGAAGGAAAGCAAUUGUCGAGGACGAUACAGUAAAGAAAGAAGACACUAUUUAGCUACUGGGGCCUCUAUCUUGGGUUUAGGAAAUGGACUUUGUGUAAAUUAUAUUUAUAUUGUAACUUAAAUAAAUAAGAUUGGAGGCAUUUUUAGUAGUUCCAGGUUUAUAGGACAAAAGUGUCUAUGUCACUAUUAGGUCUUGAAGAAGAGCUCACAGAGAAAACUACCAAAUGCCCAACAGUUACAUCUAUGAAGCAGCUACUCGUACAAUAAAAAUCUGAAGUAAAACGAGACAUUAUGCAUAAACUAGAUGCAUUUUUGUCCUUCUCUCAACCAUCUGGAGUUUUCUUGAGUUCCUCAUGUGCUGGCAAAAAAAAAAGAA